CACACACUCACUCCGCCACCAUUCCUCGUUUCUUCCCAAACCGAAACCCUCGCCGCCACCCUCCACCGGCGGCCAUGGGCGAACCGCAGUUUAUCAUCGGCACUCCCAUGAGCGAUAUGCUUGCCAGCAUGGAGCGCGACGGCCGGGACCCUGCGACGCUCAGCCUUGGCUCAAACUAUCUGCUCUACUUCCUGUACGACUACCUCCCGCACCCGCCGGUCUCCCCCACCGCUGCCCACUCGCUCUCCGGCUUGCCGUUGGUCCCCGACGGCGUCGACCGCAUCAGCCGCCUCCCCCAUAUGAUCCUCCGCGACAUCAUCUCCCGCCUCCCCGCCAAGGACGCCGCGCGCACCGCCGCCCUCUCCUCGCGCUGGCGCCCACUCUGGCGCGCGGCGCCCCUCUCUCUUGUCGACAGCCACCUGCUUCAAGACGGCGGCGCGGCCGGGCAGUUCCCCAUCGGCGUUCCCUCUCCCCGUGCCGUCACCGCCGCGGUUUCCCACAUCCUCGCGGCGCAUCCGGGCCCCUUCCGCUGCGUCCACCUCACCCGCAGCACCAUGGAGGAGCACCGGGGCGAGAUGUCGCGCUGGCUCGACAUCCUCGUCGCCAAGGGGGUCCAAGAACUCGUCUUUGUCAACCGCCCUUGGCCGAUUGACCUGCGCCUCCCCGCCACGCUCUUCGGCUGCGCCUCCCUCACCCGCCUCUAUCUUGGCCUCUGGAGGCUCCCGGACACCGCCGCCGUGCCGCGCGGCGCCAGAUUCCCCAACCUCCGGGAGCUCGGCCUCUGCAUGACUGUCAUGGAGGACCGUGAUCUGGCCUUCAUGCUUGAAAGAAGCCCCGUCCUGGAGUUCCUCGUCCUCAUGGGAAGCCAGACCGGAGUGCGCCUCCGCCUCGUCAGCCAGAGACUGCGCUGCGUUCAGCUUGGCCAUGCCUUAUUGGAGUACAUCGACGUGGUGGAUGCCCCUAGCCUGGAGAGGCUCUUCUUUUGGGAAAUUGCCCCCCCUGGCAAGCUCAAGUCCUUCAGGAAGAGGAACGACGACAACCACUCCACCAUGAACGGCUCUUCCAGGAUCAAGAUUGGGCGUGCACCUAACCUGCGUGUGCUGGGAUUCCUUCAGCCAGGAGAGCAAGAGUUGGGGAUUAGCAACACCAUCGUCGUGGCUGGUAGCAAGGAGAACAUUCUCCCUAGUGUCCAGAUUUUGUCCAUGGAGGUGCAGUUCGGUGUCCGCAAUGCUGUCAAGAAAGUGCCCAGCUUUCUCCGCUGUUUCCCCAACCUGGAGACGCUCCAUGUUUAUUCCACUCCCAUAUCUGAAGAGUCCACUGGCAAGGUCAAUCUCAAGUUCUGGCAGGAGGGCGGUCCCAUCAAUUGUGUGGUGCAGAGCAUGAAGAAGGUGUUCUUCUACGAGUUCCAUGGGUUGAGAAGCGAGCUUGCUUUCCUCAAGUUCAUCGCAGAGACAGGUCGGGUGCUGGAGCAGAUGGUGGUUCUGGUGGCCAAGGAAUGUUUCUCCUCUGGAGAUGAUAAUGUGAGGGCCAAGCUGAAGCCUCUAGCAAGCGUGAAAUGGAACAACAAGGCUUGCCAAGUACAGCUCUUCAAGAGCGGGCGCACUAACCCGGGAGGUCCUGUUUACAGCAACAAGAUAGCUUCUGACUUUGGGUUUGCUGACCCUUUUGACCUCCUCGGGCACUAGUAGAAAGCAGAAAGGAUCUCUGUAAGUUAGUUAACAUCACCUUGCUUACAGCCUAGUUGUUACCUAGCUAGACUUGGUGUUGUUGGACCUGGCACCAACUAAAAAACCUGCAUUUCUCUUGGCAAGCUGUGGUCUGCUUUCUGGAUGUGGUAUUGGCAUGAUGAGUUUAUUUGUGCCAAGUCAAGUCUUAUGUGGCUUCAUUGCUGGUGGGAGUAACCAAUCGAUUUGGACAAAAUGUUACUACCAAUAAUUUUUCGUUUUACCUUGUAGUCAAUUGUGCGCAGGGCUAUCUAGUACUCUAGUAAUAUAUAUGGUCUUUCUGGUUUGUCCAACUGCAAUUUUCACUUAUGCUGUCAAGUUGUUGCAGUUAGCAUGAAUUACCUUGCUAUGCAUAUUAACCGUUGGGGGCAUGCAUCGUUGCACAGGCUCUCCACGCUGCGGUGAGUUACGAGUGCCUUGGAGGACGUUAUCGCGCACCAUUUGUUUGUUAGACUGUUAGCUAUGCAUAGUCGAUUGUGCUGGCAGAGAGGAGGCAGGAGGUGCUGCUUGCAAAAAACAAAACAAAAAAUCCGGGUUAAAGUAUUAUUGCAAAUAGUUUGCUGUAAUUGCUUCAUGGAAGAAUCUAAAUGAUUUAGAUACCAGAGCACAAUACAACUCUUUGAUGUGAAUGUACUUGAAACUAAAUUGAGGCUUCAUUCCGCGUUUGUGAUUUGAUCUGAAAUGCUUCAGCGUGAUCCCCCUUCGUGCUUUCCUAAAGACGAUCCUCAGGCUGUCGAUCUGUUCA